ACCAAACCGUAAUGUGAUCAAGAUUUCCUAUCAGUCCAUCAAGCAUAUCCAAACCUCCGAGGAACCCAUCUGUGUAACAUACCCACACCCUCAAAACAACCCCACCAAACCUCCAUCCUCCCACCCUCCCUCCCAGAAAACCCGGCCCCAGCAUGUUCUCCAUAAUGCCGCUCCCCAUCUUCAAGGACUACUUGCCGGCGCACCACAACCCGACGACGGUGCCGUCGCCCUUGUCGUCGUCCCCGAUCCGGGCCUCGUCACCGCCGCAGCCGCUGAGCCCGCGCGAUGCCAACGAGAGGCGGCAGAUCCAGUCAUCGCCCAUCAAGCCGUCGUCCAUGUUCAAGUACGCGUCGCGCCCCGCGCGGCCCAACCCCGUCGCCCGCGGCCGCGAGGGGUUCCAGGAGGCCCGGCGGAACCUCUUCCUCAAGAAGGUGCAGCAGCGGUCCGACGACAAGAGGUGGGAGCGUCGGGGAGUUGAGAACAAGCUCCAGAGCGCCGAGUGGUUCGAGAUGGACCGCGCGCGCCGCCAGGCAAAGAUGCUCGACAGGGAGGGCAUGAUCACCGAGUCUGACAUCGCCGACGCCGAGGGCCUGUACGACGAGUUCGACCAGUGCCCGGACGACAUGAUGGCCGACGCCAUGUUACAAGAGGAGGAGGCCGAGUUCGAGGCUCUGAUCUCUUCGUCAGGCGUUAGCCAGCCCCAGUCCUCCGGCGGCCCCGGGAGGCCGGCGUCGCCCCACUGGUCCGACGACGACUAUGACGCGUUGUUUAUGGACCUGAUCUCUGAACAGGGGAACCAAUUACCCAUUUCGUCCAGCGAUGUCGAGAUGUCGUAAAAAAAAAAAACCAUACAUCGUACCCUUCACACACAUCUCUUAUUGGCUUAUAAUACCCAGCUUUUGUUCUUGGCUUGACAUCGGAGUUACGGCGGCUCGGCUGGGGUUCUCGGAUAUAUGCAUUACAUGCCUCGGAUAGGCAGACUUGUAUCACUUACAAUGUUGGGUGUCAGGGUAUAGGAGAGCAUCUAGGAAAAGAUGGCCAUGUAGAAACAAGAUAGCAGUGAGCGCUGCAUGAGAAAAAAAAAAAAGCUGCAAAUUAUCAGUGAGAGGCUUCUAUAUACAAACAAACGCUCUUGUUCAA